AGCAGCGCAGCAGCAGAAGCAGAAGCAGCUGCAGCAGCAGCAGCAGCAGCAGUCGAUAAAAAUGGCGUUCAAGUGCAGCAGAGUCAAGUGCUGCACCGUUAUUCUGGCGGCCAUUGUUGUGCUAAGACUGCGCAUCUGUUUAGCCCUCGAUGUUUAUUUUCCCACCACUUCCGUGAAAUUCAAGCUGCCCAUCAAUGAGGAGUCGGAGAGCAUCUUCUCGAAGAUACCCUUGGCGCAGUUUCAAGUGCUGCGCCUGGACAACAAUCAGCCGGCGACGGACUAUGUCUACAAUCUGGAGCAGAAUCCGCUGCUGCGCCUCAAUUCCAGCUCCGGCGAGGUUUUCAUGCGCAGCGACUAUCAAAUGCUCAAUGAGAGUGUGAAAUAUGUGCUGACCGCCUUUCCGCGCAGCCAGGAGGAACGUGCAGCCAUGGAGCAGCCGGAGCAGCUGCUGCAGCAGGUGGCCCACCUCACGCUGGAGCUGCAGCCGCAAAACCUGAGUGACUACUGUGCCGAGCUGGAGCACAUUUGCUUCUGGACGAGCGCCGAUUAUGCGAUUGCCGAGUCGAGCCGCAGCAGCAGCAGCCGCAGUCGCAGCUUUGAGCCCGUGCUGAUUGGCGCCCUGAACUCGAGAGCUGCCAAAUAUCUGUGUCCCCAUCGCACUGUGGAGUACGCCCUGACAGCGGGCAGCUCCCACUUUGUGCUCAAACAGAAUCGCUUGUACAGCCGCCAGCCGCUCGACCACGACGAGCUGAACGGGCUGCAGGCGCGAGCCGGCCAACUGCUGGCCACGGUGGGCUGCACGGUGAAGCUAUCCGGCUGGGAGCAGCGACAGUUUUGGCGCAGCUACAAUAUAACGCUGCUGGAUCGCAACGACAAUGGGCCGCAGCUGCAGGAGCGCCAGCCGCACUUUAACUUCCACGUGAAGCAGCCCUACUUUAAGGCGGUGAGUGCCAAGACGCGAGCCAGACAAAGCGUCUGGACGCUGUCUGCUCUGGGCCAAGCCUAUUCCCGAGAGCCGUACUGCAUCGAUUUGCAGGCCCGCGACUUGACCAUCCAGGCGCGCAAUGUGACGAACACGGCGACGGCCCACAUCUGCCUGCACGUGGACAUCAGCCGGCUGCACGAGAGCGAUCAGGAGCCACCGCAGGCGUUGCCCUUGCGUGUGCGGCAGCAGCGGAUCUUCGACAACGCCGGCGAUACAAUGCAAACGAAUACGGGACGACAUCGUCGCCUGAGCAUUGACUAUGAGAAGGAUGUGUUUGUGCACCGGGCAGCCGCCUCCUUCUACCGUGUGGCACAGCCGGAUGGCUUUGUGGAGCUGCAUCGCAUGCGUGGCUGGCGAUUCGCCUUGGCUGAGGAUCGCAGCGGCGCCUUUGGCCUGACCGAAGUGGCUGGCAUAGUGUAUGUGAAGGAUGCCCUGGCGCUGGAGCAUGCGCCGGAGACGGUUUACUUUUUGAACGUCACCUGGCAGGACGCCGAGAAGCAGUCGCAUGCGUUCGUCAUCAACGUGCACCUGGUGGAGGGCAGACCGGAGAAUGCCAACUGUGAGCUGCGAUUGAAGUCCCGUUCGCAGACCUGCGCCCAGGUCAAGUACCGGACGCAGUGCGUCAAAUUCUGUGGCCUGGCCACCAACGGGGGGCCGUGUGUCUGGCGCGGCUCCAGCUCGGCUAUGUUUGGACGCAACUACGGCUCCUGCGUGCCGGAUGCGCGCUACUGUCCGGAUCAUGUGUGCGAUGCACUCGAGGAGCUCAAUCCACUCGCCUGUCCGCAGGACUGCACGCCGGCCUCCCGCAUCGUGGGUCCGCAUACCAGCAAUGAGAAUGGGCGUGGCAUACUGAGUGGCUCGGGCACCUGCCUCUGCGAGGACAACGGCAAAUGCAGCUGUGCUCCGCUGCCCGACGAGGAGGAAGCGAAGGCGCGUCGCCAGCGCAAGCGAAAGAAUGAAACGGAAGUGGAGCAGGCUAGCCUGGCGCACGCACCGAGCGGGGCCCAGCAGCCCGACCAGGAUGCUGUCCUGGCACUGGGUGUGCUCCAUUUGGCUGGCAUGGAGUGCAAUCGCUUCUGCCUGCUGCUGGUCGUCAGCUGCCCGCUGAUCUUUGUGCUGCUGCUGCUCUGCCUGCUCUUCUCGCAGCGCAAGCUCUGGCAGCGACGCCUCGGCAAACAGUCCACCACGCCGGCCACCAAGGUCGCCAUGCCGCCCAGCCUGGAGGGCCUCGGUGCCGAAGGGGAUUUGCCGCUGAUGCCACUGCAGACGGGCUUCAAGUUCGAGAGCGGCGAUGCCAAAUGGGAAUUUCCACGGGAUCAACUGCGUUUGGAUACAGUGCUGGGCGAGGGUGAGUUUGGGCAGGUGCUCAAGGGAUAUGCCACCCACAUCGCAGGGCUGCCAGGCGUCACCACCGUCGCCGUCAAGAUGCUCAAAAAAGGCGCCAACUCGGUGGAGUACAUGGCCCUGCUCUCCGAAUUCCAGCUGCUGCAGGAGGUCUCCCAUCCGAAUGUGAUCAAGCUGCUGGGCGCCUGCACCCUAUCCUCCGAGGCACCGCUGCUCAUUAUCGAAUAUGCCCGCUAUGGCUCGCUGCGAAGCUACCUGCGCCUGAGCAGGAAAAUCGAGUGCGCCGGCGUCGACUUCAGCGACGGCGUUGAGCCCGUCAAUGUGAAGAUGAUGCUCACCUUUGCCUGGCAGAUAUGCAAGGGCAUGAACUACCUAACCGAGCUGAAGCUGGUUCAUCGCGACUUGGCUGCACGCAAUGUGCUGCUUGCCGAUGGCAAAAUCUGCAAGAUCUCCGACUUCGGAUUGACGCGCGAUGUCUACGAGGAUGAUGCCUAUUUGAAGCGAUCCAGGGAUCGCGUGCCCGUCAAGUGGAUGGCGCCCGAGUCUCUGGCGGAUCAUGUGUACACGAGUAAGUCCGAUGUGUGGGCGUUCGGUGUGCUCUGCUGGGAGCUGAUCACAUUGGGCGCCUCGCCGUAUCCAGGCAUAGCGCCCCAGAACUUGUGGUCUCUGCUCAAGACGGGCUAUCGCAUGGAGCGUCCAGAGAACUGCUCCGAGGCGGUUUACUCGGUGGUGCGCACCUGCUGGGCGGAUGAGCCCAAUGCACGGCCUUCCUUCAAGUACUUGGCCGCGGAGUUUGAGAAGCUGUUGGGAAACAAUGCCAAGUACAUUGAGCUGGAGACGAAUGCCGUAUCAAAUCCGCUGUACUGCAGCGAUGAGGCGGCUCUAAUGCCCAGCGAGGGACUUGUCGACCAGCUGGGUGAGCCGGAAUCGUUGCAGCACCUCUGGUCGCCGCCCAAGAUCAACAGCUACGACCACGAGCUGAACAACAGUCGGGAGGAGUCGGUUCCAGAAUUCGCUUCCGCAGCGGCUGCAGCUCCGCCUGGAUACGAUCUGCCACGCCCAUUAAUCGAGGCCAGCACCACGGAGCAGGUGCUGCGGUACGAGAACGAUCUACGCUUUCCGCUCAACAUACGCAAGUCCAGCUGCGCGCCCAGCUACAGCAACAUGACCGCAAAUGGAGGCGCUGCUGCUGCUUCCUGCCUGCCCGAGUAUGCGGUGCCCGUGAAGCGUGGACGCUCCUACAUGGAUAUGACCAAUAAUACGUUAAUACCCGAUAAUCUCGAUAAUCGCGACUUUGAGAAGCAUCUCUCCAAGACCAUCUCAUUUCGUUUCUCCAGUCUACUAAAUCUCAAAGACCCCGAAACGCCGCAGCCCCAUGCCGAGGAUGCGGUCUAAAAAGGGUUUUCCUCAGUAUUUCGACAAUUUUUGUUUUUGUUAUUAUUGUUUGUUUUUAAUUAUUUGUAGAUGCGCCUGAUUUUUUAGUUCAAAUCGUUUGUUAAUUAGUUUUAAACCUAUGUAUCAUAUAUGUAUUUAGCUUUAUAAUAUUAUCCACAAAUUUAACUCGAAUACUCUGUUGCAUUUAGAGUGUGGGAAGAGACUCUGAAACUGAAGGAAAGUAC